AUGCCAUCCUAUCAGCCAUUCCAGUGCGGAAUCUGUCUCCGCCGCUUUACCCGACAUGAGAACCUCAAACGACAUUCGGCGCUUCAUUCCCGUUCUCGAAAUGACGUGUCUCUGCCGUGUGAGUUGUGCCAGGCAACCUUCUCACGACCGGAUCUACGACAUCGCCAUAUGAAGAGGAAGCACUCGGAGGAUGCGCAGAGGCGGACUAAGAGACCCAGACGGGACGAGUUUUCCGUACGGUCUACAGAUAGUGGCAGUUUGCCGCUUGAGGAUCUCGCGGACAGCGAGACGGAGAUGGAUAACCAGCUGCAAAUGCCGCCCCAACCAAACCAGAAACACCACACAAGUGCCGACAUAUCUAGAUCAGCCACAAUGGAGAAGGGCGAUCAGACUCAGCUCGACACACCCACUCUGACGCAGCUGGCGUCCAUUAUGCCAGAUGCGACAGACAUGGAACAGGUGCUGCUCGCGACAUUUCUCAAGCCAGCCGACCAGUGUCCCCAGUCGCCUGCCAUGACGGUUUUGCGGUCUCCGUCUCUGGACAUUGACCUCAGUGACUUUGACUUUGCUCAUGACAUUCCUGGUAGCCCGAUGAAAGACGGCUUCCCCCAGCUUCAGAACGAUUGGACCCCAUCGGCCCUGCAGAUCACACACGGCUGCGGCCUGUUCUUUCAUCAUGUCGCCCACUUUGUCCCCUUUCUGCACCAACCAACAUUCGACUCCACCACACUGCCAUCUUACCUGCUCCUCGCCAUACUCUCUCUCGCCUAUCAAUAUGGCGAUGACCCCGACUGCGAGGCUGGGGCAGACACCGGUGCAAGCCUGUCGGCCCGGUGUUUCCUCCAAGGGUGCACCCUUCUCCCCUCUAUCAACGCCGUCUCCAACCCGACCGAUCAGCUCGCCCUCAUCCAAUCUCUCCUGCUCCUUCAAAUCUGCACCAUGCUGUACCGCUGCGAAAACUCCGCCCAUGGCUUCCAACUACAUGCAACCAUGAUCGGCCUCGCGCGCUCCUCCGGACUCAUGCAGUCGACCCCCACGGAAUCUGGCCAGACAUCGUCGCUCGACUCGCUGUGGCAGGAAUUCAUCAAAGCCGAGUCCCACAAACGAACCCUCUUUGCGGUGCACCAGAUGGACGCUCUCUGGUAUCAACUGUUCUCCAUCCCGCGGGCUAUCUCCCACCUCGAAAUCAAACAUGACCUCCCCUGUCCCGAAGACCACUGGUCGGCCUCCUCCGCUGCUGACUGGGCCCAUCGCCGACUCCUCGCCCCUCAACAUCCGGCCAACAUGCAGUAUGCCGACGCCGUCCGCCACUUCCUCUCGACCGCCACCCUCACCACCCUCCCUAGCAUCCCCCCAUUUGAUCCCUACGGCGCCAUCAGCAUCGCGCACUUUCUCAUGUCCAGCGCGCGUGAACUCUCGGGUUGGUCUACUAUGACUGGCAUGCUCAGCAUAGAGCGUUUCAGCGCAUUACGCUCUUCUCUUGUCGCCCUGGGCGCCUUUCUCCGUCCUGCGAACCCCAGCACCACCACUGUCACCGCCACCGCCCCAGCGACGUGGGAAACCGCCAUGCUCGAACUUCAGGUGUGGUCCCCGUAUCACACGGGGGGCAUCAUCAAAUCCAGCAUUGAUACCAUGCUCCAGCAAGCCACGGAUCUGGCUCCGUCGGCAGGGGGGGUUCUCUGUGAGGCCGAGACGGCCAAGGCCUUCCAGCCACAUGUGGAUUGGUUCCUGCGGUAUCUGGAUACCACGGUGGAGGUGGCAGGAGAGGCGCCGUGGGUAGCAUUGUACGCGUACCGGGCGUUUCUGGUGGCGUGGCAGUUGGUUCGAGGAGGCGUGCCGGGGGCGAUGGGGGUGGUGGGGGUGGGGGAUGGGGAUGUGCAUGGGGCGGUGGAAUGGGCGCGGAAGGUGUUUCGACGGAGGGAGAGAUGGGGAGUGGGCCGGAUCAUCGGGGGGUGUUUGGAGAGGUUGAUCUGA